AUGGAUUCCGGCAACAGUAGUAGCAUGCAAUCUUCAAGCGGUGGUGGAGGGGAACAAGAAGAGUACGACUCACGCGCCGAUCAAUCAAUCUCUGCUUUAUUCAACAACAACAACGCAACCACCACUGGUCAAACACAGCUUGACUCUCUCAUAGCUAACUAUUUCAACACCGGUUGGUCAACAGAUAAUCCUCUCUGGUCAACAACGACCACGAAGCCCACUGAUGGCUCUACACAACCACCACUAGUCUUCUUCACAAACCCACAAGAUCUGAGAGUAGUCUCAAACACAGACACAAGUAGUCCCAUUAGUUCUGUCCCUACCGACAAGAAAAACGGUCUUGCCGUGACAACACGGGUUCCAAAGAAGAGAUCUCGAGUCUCGAGACGCGCACCAACCACUGUUUUGACCACCGACACAUCAAACUUCAAAGCCAUGGUUCAAGAAUUCACUGGUAGCCCUUCAAAUCCUUUUACCGGAUUAUCAUCAUCAUCAUCCUCUCCUUUCCCAAGAUCAAGAUUUGACCUAUUUGCCCCUUCUUCAUCUUCACAGCCCUUGAAACCCUUUCCUCACAGAAUGAUCUCACCACCUUCUACAGAUUAUCAUCAGAGUCUUCUCCAUAGCAUGAACAUGCAAACCAUCGCAAACCCUUUUCUCAACAGCCAGAGCUUGAGAACGAGUAACGGGUUUGAACAUGUGGACGUGGGAACAAACUUUGUGGGGCUUCACAAUGUUAUCGCCUCUUCAUCCUCAUCGAUGACGCAGCCAACCCUAAGCACUAUGCAUGGAUUUGACAAGAAUUCUGAAACCGAUAGUGAUCCGCUAAGAUCAAUCAGUGGUGGAGAACAAUACAUGGUGCAAAGAUCCGAUGGUUACACCUUACCGGUUGCUUCUGGAUCGGAGAGUAAUUUAGCGGCGGUGAGAAAUAAAGGUCAUAUGCUGAAUCGAAGACAGUAACACUGCUUUUGUGCAUAUGGGUAAUCCGGUCUCAUGCGACAUUGCACGGAUUCCUUACUUAAUUCAUAUAAUAUAUAGUGUACAUUAUUACUCUACUAUCAACUGCGUGAC